AUGCAGGAAAGUCUACUAUUGGUGGACAGAUAAUGUAUUUAACAGGGAUGGUAGACAAGAGGACCCUGGAAAAGUAUGAGAGAGAAGCCAAGGAGAAGAACAGAGAAACUUGGUAUCUGUCAUGGGCUCUUGAUACAAACCUUGAAGAACGAGACAAGGGAAAGACAGUAGAAGUUGGUAGAGCGUACUUUGAGACAGAGCAGAAACAUUUCACAAUUCUUGAUGCCCCAGGUCACAAGAGCUUUGUCCCUAACAUGAUUGGUGGAGCUUGUCAAGCUGACCUUGCUGUUUUGGUUAUAUCAGCACGAAAAGGUGAAUUUGAAACAGGCUUUGAACGAGGUGGUCAGACGAGAGAGCACGUCAUGCUGGCUAAGACAGCAGGUAUUAAACAUCUUAUUAUUCUCAUUAACAAGAUGGAUGACUCCACAGUACAGUGGUCAGAAAAACGCUAUAAUGAAUGUAAGGAGAAACUCGUCCCUUACUUAAAAAAGGUUGGGUUUUAUAGCAAAGAUAUCACAUUCAUGCCAUGUUCAGGGCUAACUGGUGCUAACCUUCGAGACCCAAUUGAUGAAAAUGUAUGCAGUUGGUUUAAGGGCCCAGCCUUUAUUCCAUAUAUCAACGAUCUGCCUCCCUUGAAUCGUAAUGUGACUGGACCUUUCAUGAUGCCUAUAGUUGAUCGCUACAAUGACAGAGGAACAAUUGUCAUGGGUAAAGUGGAAUCUGGUGGCUGCAAGAAAGGGGAUAACCUUCUUGUGAUGCCAAAUAAGACUAUGGUAAAUAUAGAUUUACUAUGGAGAGAUGAAGAUGAAGUAUCAGCAGUAAGGUGUGGGGAGAAUGUCAAAGUUAAGCUGAGAGGAGUAGAAGAAGCUGAUGUUGCACCUGGAUUUGUCCUAUGUGAUCCCAGCAGCCCUUGCAAGACAGGAAAGAUAUUUGAUGCUCAG